UCCUACUAUCACUGCGCUGACCUCUGACAGCUCAGCCUUUCCCUGCACAAACACGGAAGCAGCAUGGCGUCAAACGGCAAGAGCUCUGAGCGGCAAAGAAUUGCACAGCAAAGAUUGAGAAUCAUCGCCGGUCAUUUAAGAAAACAAGAAGAAUUAGAUCACAGAGACAUCGCGGCUCAAGAAUGCAAAGCUGAGUCGAAUAGUAAUGCCGCAACGCCAAACUCGAUGCCUAGAAAGAGGCAGGAGAUCAUGAAAUGGAAUGGUUGGGGCUACAGCGACUCCAGAUUCCUCUUUAACAAAAAAGGACAAGCAGAAUUCACAGGCAAGAGGUAUCGGUUAAGUGGCUUGAUCCUGCCUAGCCUGAAGGACUGGUUUGAGGGCACCUUCGGAGCCAACCUGCAGCAUAAAAGCCCUGCCACGCCCGCCAUCAACGCCAGCGCUGUCCAUCCCCCCAACCUGAGCGAGAGCUUUGUGGAGGAGCUGAAGGCCACGGGCAUCCCCUUCUCUCACGACACGGAGGACCGGGUGUUCCGCGCCCAUGGUCAUUGCUUACAUGAAAUCUUCGCUCUCCGUGAGGGGCGCUUCGGACGAUGCCCUGACAUGGUGGUAUGGCCAAAUUGCCACAACGAUGUAGUGAAAAUUGUGGAGUUGGCAUGCAAGCACAAUGUUUGUUUGAUGCCAUAUGGGGGCGGGACCAGCGUCUCCAGCGCUCUGGAGUGCCCUCCGGAGGAGAAACGCUCCAUCGUCUCCCUGGACACCUCGCAGAUGAACCGAAUAUUGUGGAUUGAUGAGAAGAAUCUAACUGCCCACGUAGAAGCUGGCAUCAUUGGGCAGGAUUUGGAGAGACUGCUCAAUGAGAGUGGCUACUGCACAGGCCACGAGCCCGACUCCAUGGAGUUCAGUUCUCUGGGGGGCUGGGUGGCCACCCGCGCGUCCGGCAUGAAGAAGAACAUCUAUGGCAACAUCGAGGACCUGGUGGUGCACAUAAAGAUGGUGACCCCCAGGGGAGUGAUUGAGAAGAGCUGCCAGGGCCCGCGCAUGUCCACCGGACCCGACGUCCACCACUUCAUACUGGGCUCCGAAGGAACCCUUGGAGUUGUGACCGAGGUCACCAUGAAGAUCCGGCCAGUCCCCGAGUACCAGAAGUACGGCUCUGUGGUCUUCCCAAACUUCCAGGCGGGCGUAGCCUGCCUGAGAGAGGUGGCCAAACAGAGGUGUGCACCUGCAUCCAUUAGGCUAAUGGACAACGAACAGUUUCAGUUUGGUCACGCGCUGAAACCCCAGGAGUCCUCCAUCUUCACCUCUUUCGUCGAAGGCCUCAAGAAGUUCUACAUCACCAAGUUUAAAGGCUUCGACCCGCACCAGUUGUGUGUGGCCACGCUGCUGUUCGAGGGCGACCGCGAGAAGGUCCUGCAGCACGAGAAGCAGGUGUACGACAUCGCAGCCAAGUUCGGGGGCCUGGCAGCUGGAGAGGACAAUGGCCAGAGGGGCUACAUGCUGACCUUUGUCAUCGCGUACCUCCGGGACCUGGGGAUGGAGUACUAUGUGAUUGGCGAGUCGUUUGAGACAUCCGUGCCUUGGGACAGAGUGCUGGACCUGUGCAGGAACGUUAAAGAGCGGAUCAUCAGGGAGUGCAAAGACAAAGGAGUCCAGUUCGCCCCACUGUCCACAUGCAGAGUGACUCAGACGUACGAUGCUGGCGCCUGUGUUUACUUCUACUUUGCCUUUAACUACAGAGGGCUGAGUGAUCCGCUGAGUGUCUAUUUACAAGUGGAGCAUGCUGCCAGAGAGGAGAUCCUUGCCAACGGAGGAAGCCUUUCCCACCACCACGGAGUCGGGAAACUUCGGAAGGAGUGGAUGCGAGAGACCAUCUCCGACGUGGGCGUGGGCAUGCUGAAGUCGGUGAAGGAAUACGUGGACCCAGACAACAUUUUCGGAAACCGAAACCUCCUCUAAAUCACGCCCCCUUGCUCCCAGCCCGCUCACCCACUCGGCCGUUCCACACCCCACCGCCUCUGCUACCCUAAUCCAAAUCACUAGCACACUUAGCUUCCGCAUUUAGUUGGGUCAGCAUUAAAUUCUUUCUUAAUGUCAAAUAACUCCUCCAUAACAUGAAGCUUGUUUGUCCCACAGUAUGAUUGCAAAGCAGUGUUUUUAUUUUGUUACUAGUCUUAUAAUUAUUAUUCUUAUUAUGAUUAUUGAUAUCAUUAUUAAGUGUUCUUCAGUUUAACAUCAUCGGAAACGGUGUAUUAUAAAAAAAAAAUUCUCAUUCCUUGACCGCAGUCUGCUUCUUGUCUGAUGAUGAUGAGUCUCAGACAACAGCAGCACAGCCUUCAUCUUCCUUUUGCUGAAAAGGAAGUCCUGGUCAUAACUAUGUUGGACUUUUUUUCUUCACCCAGGCGAAAUGGACAUUGUUAUUGUGAACACAAAGGUGUGUUACUCAACUCUUGUACAGAGUACAUGGUUUCCUGUUAGUCAUUUCAAGUCCCCCCCCCCCCCCCCAGUAUAUCCAUCUCUGGACAGUCCAGGACCAAGCCCCUGACAUCGCCUGCUUUAGACCCUCUACCCCACAAAUUAGUGUAGAUCAUUUUUUGCCAACUUCAAUUGUUUAUAUAUUUCCUAUAUGAAUGGCACAAGUCAUGUUUUAUUCCUGUAUGGGCACUACUUUAGCAUUGAGCUUUUAACUUCUGCGCUUUCUAAAGCACUGUGCCUUUUCUCUCUGUACUGUCCUGUCUGUCUCUCUCUUUCUCUUGAACGUUCCCUUGCCAUGUCCUACUUGCCCCGGCCCUAACACGCCCCCAGCGCCUUUAACCUGUAAUGUGCACAUGUGGUUGAUGUGAGUCCACGGAUGGACGGAAGUAACCCUUUUUAACCUUUAUGCCUUCUUUUGUCUGUAAGUGGUCACCUAUGACCUUUGACCUGCGUUAUUGCCACAUAUUGUUGCGUGUGUUUUUCAGGUGUGUAUGACUGAGCUCCGAGAGCACGUGCUAUAGCUUGUAAGACAUGUUGUUCUCUUCGAGUUUUUUUUUUUUUUUUUUUUUUGUCGAGAGGUUUACCUGUGUUUCUUAAAAA